AUUCAGUUUUGCGAAGGCGGAGGGCAUUGCGGCCCGGUUCAUACAUAUUAAGACGGUCCCCAGUCUCCUAGAUGAGAUGUUUCCUCCUCCACGCAGAACAGUUCUCGCAGCUGGGAGUGGUCGGUGUCGUCUUCAGUCACAAUGUAUACCAUCACCAACAUCUAUGUCCUCGCUGCCUUUGGCACCAUUGGAGGUGCCCUUUUCGGCUUCGAUAUCAGUUCGAUGAGUGCCUGGAUAGGGUCGAAACAAUAUCUAGACUACUUUGACAACCCGGAUUCUAACCUGCAAGGAGGAAUUACAGCAUCUAUGUCUGCUGGGUCGUUUGCCGGUGCUAUUGCUGCUGGUUUCUUGUCGGACCAGAUCGGUCGUCGUUAUUCCUUGAUGAUUGCUGCCUGUAUAUGGGUAAUCGGAGCCGCCAUUCAAUGUAGCGCUCAGAAUGUGGCCCAUCUGGUUGCGGGACGAGUCGUUAGUGGGCUUUCUGUCGGUGUGACCUCCUCCCAGGUCUGCGUUUAUCUAGCUGAACUGGCCCCCGCACGCAUCCGAGGUCGCGUCGUCGGUAUUCAGCAAUGGGCAAUCGAAUGGGGUAUCCUAAUCAUGUACUUGAUCGCUUAUGGCUGCUCCGUUGGUAUAAGCGGGCCGGCCGCUUUCAGAAUCUGCUGGGGUAUACAAGGUAUCCCAGGCCUCAUUCUGCUGGCUUCUCUGUUCUUUUUCCCUGAGUCGCCUCGUUGGUUGGCUGGAAAGGAGCGAUGGGAAGAGUGCCUCGACACCCUGGCUCUCAUCCAUGGAAACGGCGACAGAAAUAAUCCUGUAGUACAGGUCGAGUUUGAGGAAGUCCGGGAAGCAGCACGGGUUGCCCAUGAGGCCAAGGACAUCUCAUUCUUUGCACUGUUUGGACCGCGUAUCUGGAAGCGUACUGUCUGUGGCAUGUCGGUGCAAAUGUGGCAGCAGCUGCUAGGUGGCAACAUAGCAUAUUUCUUAUAGUUCUCUUUUAAAAGAGUAAAAAUAGAUUUCCC